AUGAAAUUACAGCAAGGACUUUGCCAGCCUCGACUUUGCCUCCGAUCGAACAGUCCACUUGUUUUCAAAAACCAAGACUCUCUGUAUCAAGUAGAUCCCUAUCAAGUAAAAUUUGAUGAUUCUGAAAGCACGGAACGAGUGGUGUAUGAUUAUACAGGUUCAAUUUCGGAGGAUGUCAUUAUGAUCGCGAGUUCGUUCACUAAAUUUUAUUUGGUUCAUCAAGAUAUGAGAAUUACAGAAUUUGAUUUAACCCAUCAGGUGAUUCGAAUCAUUGAUGACAUCAAGCAAUUAGGUCUUUCUAUCAAGUUUAUUGAUUGUGGAGACAAUACUCUUUGGAUAGUGACGGAUUGUGAUCGAAUGUUUAACUGUGGAGAAGAAAUUUUCGGACAACUCGGUAGAAGUAAAAACACAAAGCACAAAGUCCUCAAAGAAGUAGACAAUGCAUUCAUACCACAACAUGGAAAAAUAACACAUUUUUCAUGUGGAAGAUAUCACACCUGCCUUGCCAUCAAUGAAAAGCAAGUGUACGGAGUUGGUUAUUCGUCUUUUUAUCAAACGGGAUUGAGAGCAACAGGAGAUGCAUCACACUUUGAGAGAUCUUAUUUCAAAUAUAUUAAUCAGAAUGGAACCACUCAGCUCUUGCAAGAAUUUCCAUACACGAUUAAAAAGUUGUCAUGCAGUCGAUAUUUCACAGUCAUAGUUUCCAAUGUCAAUGAGUUUUGGGUCACAGGUUCAGCAGAAAAUAACCAAACUUUUACAAGAGAGACAUGCGAAUGCUUCACUAAAAUCCUAUUCGACAAUAUUAUUGACGCAUUUCCUGCAAGAAUUGGCUAUCACACUCAUGUAAUUACAUCUGGCCAACAGAGAAAAGCACCAGGACCUUUUGCAGUGGUGAGCGCUGGGUGGAAUGACAACAAUCAAUGUGGAACUAAAACUAAGGUGGACUCGUCAUCGAUUAAUGACUUUAUGGAUUUACCCAUUCUUAAACAACACGACCCAAGAGUAGCAAACAUUCAACUAUUUCCUAUCUUUACUCGAAGUUAUUUAAGAUAUGAAAAUUUAUUAUUUGGAACAUGUGCACCCCAAGGUUCUAAAACAUUUUACCCAAUUGAGCUUCCCUUUCACUUUUCUCCAACCGAUCGCCUAGUGGUGGCUGGAGGAAACACUUUCACAUUAUUCUUUGUGACAACGUCUACAACACGUGACAUGGAAUACUUUCUCAGCAAUUUGAAGAACGUUGGAUCUGCAUUUGCAGAUGUAACUUUCUGUUUAAACAGCCGGUCCAUGUUUUAG